AUGAGCAGACAUAAAGAAUCACUUUCAGAUUUAAAUAAAUCAUUUGGAAUAAAAUCAUAUAGUUUAGACAUGACUUAUUUAAGUCAAAAAUGGAUUAGUGGAAAUUCUGAAAUAGAUCAAUUUAUAAAAAAUGCGCAAAUGAAUUCUAUAUAUUAUCAUAAAGAAAUUGAAUUUAUAUAUUAUGACAAAUUAGAAGAUGUUGGUAAAGACGGUUUGGAACAGUUUAUUCUGCAACUUGGAUUGAUGUUCAAAAUACAUUAUGAAUAUCAACUUAACAGAUAUAGUGCAGAUAAAUAUGGAAUAGAAUUAUAUGGAAUAACCUAUAACUCUGCUAAUAAUGAAUAUCUAAUGGUUUUUGAAUAUGCUGAUAAAGGAGAUCUUCGGCAAUAUUCAACAGAUUUUAAAACUCUUGACUGA